UGGUGAACCGAGGUACAGUGGUAGUUGGUGCGGUGUCUAGUUCACGGUACGUGCUGGUGGUGACAUGGUAACACUGUAUCAGUUUCGCGAAGCUGUAUCUGAUACGGUAAGUAUUCCCGAGAAGCAGCAACCACGAUGGCAAAAUUCCUGACGCAAGAUCAAAUAAAUGAAUUCAAAGAAUGCUUCUCACUCUAUGACAAGAAGCACAAGGGAAAAAUUGAGGCCAAGGACCUGAUCACAGCAAUGCGCUGCCUUGGCGUCAGCCCCACUUUCAUCGAAGUGGACAGACAUCUGCAGACCUACAAGAUAGAUAAGAACGGGGAGCUGGACUUCUCCACGUUCCUGACUAUCAUGCACCGCCAAAUUCAGCAAGAGGACCCCAGGGCAGAGAUCUUGGAGGCCAUGAGGAUGACGGACAAGCAGAAGAAGGGCUACAUUCUUGCCUCAGAGCUCCGGGCCAAGCUCACCGGGUUAGGAGAGAAGCUCACUGAUAAAGAAGACAUUCCUGCCCCGGGGCCUUCGCCUGCCUUUCCUAGAUUUCCGGAACUGGGUCUGGCAUUUUUACAUCACAGAGCAGGAGGUCAACCAAUGCUGCAAGAUGGAUGUCAGCCUGGAUGGGCUCUCUCCGGCUAGACUCACCACAGACCACCAUACCCCUUUUUUCACAGAUUCAACAUGCCAAUAGAUCCCAGGUGUCCAUUAGACGUCACAAGUAAUUCCAUGAAGCCGUAGGAGGUUUUCCCUCCUACUAUGUGUUGAAAAACAUUUUGGUCGCUAAUCCUGACCAUCUCAAAACAUCACUGUUGCUUCCCUUGCAGUCUGCCUACAGAACCAACAGGUAUGUGAACGACUCUCAACAUGGGCCUCCUUCAAUACCUCAACAAUUCAAAAAGGACACUGUGGACUUUAGCUCUACAUUCAAAUUAGCAUUUAAAAACUCCCGACAGACAAGCUUAUCCAGCUGAAUGUGUCCAGUUCCAACGCAGCAUGUAAAAAUGGGUAUGCACAUUUUGGGAUCUUUAUCCCUGAACACUGUUUCGCUGAAAGGAUGCAAGUUUUCACCACUUUACUAAGUCGACACUAACGACUGUUAUUCCAACUACUCAAGUUUGCAGAUGACACCACUUGGUCAGUCUUAUCACUGAUGGCGAUGAGUCCAUGUAUUGUGGGGAGCUGGAAUUCCUUGUUUUCCAGAAGGCCAAGAAACUUUAUUGUUUAUUUAUAAAGCUGUCCAACAGAAACUUCCAAAUGAUCUUACCUCCAAAAUGAUAUUGAAAAACAUCCCUUAUCAAACACGAUCGCAAGAUAGGAUAGUUUUCGAGAUUCCCCUGGGCCAAGUCUAAGAUAGGUUCAAAUUAAUUUUCCACCUGUGCCCCUAAAACUUGGAAUGAUCUGCAAGAUUACCUUUACCUUUAUGCAUAUUCUACAACUAUAAAUCUGUGAAUGUGUACAUUGACUUUACAAGUACGCAUUAGAUGCGCUCACCUCUCAUAACUGAUUAUCAUGUCACUAUGGAUUGUGUAUUUUGUCUCUUUGUUAUCUACUACUAGCAGUACCAUUAAACCAGUAAAAGUUUGUGUAUUGGCAAAUGAGCACCUUUUAGGUAAUUUAGCAACUUCUGCUUUGUUCAUUUUCCCUCACCACUCUUGCCAUACCCUCUGCCUCUCAGCCACUCCCUGCUGCUACAGUAGAACUGGCCAAUAUAAUUUUCAAACCAUAGCCAAUACAGGCCGAAAUGUCACUGUUGUUAAAGACAAGCACAACAGGCUGCAUAGAAUACAGAACACAGGUAAUAAGUUCAAUUCUUGUUUUCUAAAAUAUGUAAUCCAUUGUAUUUCAGGAAUCAACCAAAAUAACACAGUACUGAAAUUAAAUAAAUGUACUUUACAUCAUGUUGUUGUGUUUAACCGUAGAAUGUUUGCGCUAUGCAUGUGAAAUACUUAGUUAUGAUACGUGAAACCCAGUGUAUAUUACUUCAGGCAACUAUUAUAAGCAGAACACUAAGAGAAACAAUCACGUUCAUGUUCUAGUAACUGACUUUUUCUGCUGUAGGAGUGAUCACGUGACUACGUCCCUUUGGCUAAGAUCUAGUUCAUUUAUGGUCUUACCAAAUGUGUAAUAGAACUGUAGCUUUUUCUUGUGUGUACAGUGUUCAAUUACAUAUUGUAACAUUGUUAAUAAUUAUCAUUGUUACAGGAACCACACAAUUCUUCAAACUCAUUCACAUUCAAACGCUCACGGUCAAACACACACCCACAUCCUCAUCCCACGU